AUGAAGGUCACUCGGCAGGAUAUGCGGUGGACAAAUGAGCCAGAAAAGUGGAAACAAAAGGGGGACGACAUCAAGUGCACUUGUCCUAUGGAAGUGGAUUACUGGCGUCACACCAUGCACAACUUUGUCAAGGACGAUGCUCCCUUUUACUGGAUGUAUGUCGAUUACGAUUUUGAAGUUCGUUUGAGUGUCAAGGCUAAGCUCGAGUAUCUGUACGAUCAGGCCGGAUUGAUGAUUCGAUUGAACGAAGAGAAUUGGGUCAAACUGGGCAUUUGCCACUAUCGGGAUUACCCUCACGUGAGCUGUUGCUUCACUCGCGGCAAAUCCGACUGGUCCAUGCAGAUCUUGCCCAAGAAAAAGAUUAAAUGGAUUCACCUUUGGGCUAAGCGCAAGGGGAAUUUGAUUGAAUGCUAUUAUUCCUUGGAUAAUGAAAAUUGGCUUCGAGUUCGUCAAGGAUACUUUUCAGAUGCCCCUCGACUUCGAGUUGGAAUGAUGUGCGCUGCCCCAGAGACUGCUGGAUUUGACGUGACAUUCAGUAACUUUUUGAUCAAGGGCGAUGUUGAUGAUAGUGAUGAAGAAGGAGAGGAAGAGGAAGGUAGCAGUGAAGAAGACGAAGAGUAA